GGAAGGCUUCAUCAACACCACCCCUCCCACACGUGACACUUGUGCCACAGUCGCCACAACAAUGGACAUUACGGCCUUCGUGUCCAGUCGGCGAGAGACGCUGCUAAUCGCAGACUACAACGCCUACCGCACCCAGCUCUCCCGCCAAAUCCUCGCGACUCGCAAGCGCCUCGGGCGAGCAACGAACAAACGAGACAAGUUCGCGCCCAAGCCCGUUACGGCGGAGGACGUGGGCAGCAACCAUGAAUUCGCCCAUCUGUUGAUCUUGACCUCCGAAAGAGCGUGGGCGCAUGCGAUGCACAUCAAGAGCUCUCACAUUGAAGAUGCAUCGGCGAGAGGCAUCACCGGCUCGACGAGGAGUCACUUGAUUUCUCGUUUGGAGAAGGCGGUCAAAGCGGCGAGAGAGCUGGUGCAAAUUCUCAAGGACCAAGGCACGUCGAAAGCCAAUGAGCAAGAUGUGCUAGAGGGCCGGGCGUACGCGGCCACACUGGCUGGUGCGGAGGAAUUUGAGAAGCGCUCGGGCGGGGAGCGGCCUACGGAUGGGCAGUCGGGGGAUGAGCGCUGGAGAGCUUGUCUGACGCACUACUCUGAGGCUCGAGUGAUCUAUGCUGCAUUGUAUGAGAAGGACAAGAAGGACAUCUACCGUGACGUCCUGGCCAACACCAUCGAUCCGACCAUUCGAUACGCGGCAUACCAGGCUCACCUCUCACGCACCAUCGCCAUUUCCACAGUCGCUAAGCGUUACUUCCCCAAAGAUGAUACCGCCUUGGUAAAAGCUGUUGAGCAACUCGAUUCCUACGCUUUAAAAGACAAGCCCGCGCCAAAGACCGAUGGCGAGAAGCAAGCCUCACCCCAAGAUGUGCCCAACAGCAUCACAUGGCGCGGCCGCAAAGCCAACAUCAUCGAUGCCUCCAUCGGUCAAGCUCUCUCGAGUGUCAACACGGCAGAAGCGAAGCUGGAAUUUUACCUCUCCUCCAACUCCACCGCAUCAAACAAGGACAAAGCAGCCGCCUACGAUGACAUUCUGGUCGCCUCGCAGGAUGCAGCGGACGCCACGAAGCGAGCCACAGACGAGCUGGAGAAAGAAAAGGUCGAAGAAGGCGAUCCGCGCAUGCAAGACCUCCGCGUCACGAGCCUCGCCAUCAACUACGACCUCGUAAGCUGGCGCGUCGGCCGAAACCGCGUGCUCAUCGGCGCAGACGACGGCAUGACUUUCUCGCCGCAGCAGCAAAAGAAGACCAAGCGCCUACGCAAGGACGGUUCCGAGUAUCCCGUGCGAGAAGAGGGCCGCGGCCACAAACUCGCCCGACUAAGGGAGAGAGUAGUCCUCUACGACGCCAGCAUCCAAAGCAUCAACUCCGUCAAAAGCCUCCGCGGCGCAAUGCGAGACGCCAAAUUCGUGGAGGAACUCGAUGGGAAAGCGAGCUACUUCCGCGCGCUGAAGUGCCUCAACAUCGCCUACUCGCACAGUCUAUUGGGGAACCACGUCAACGCCCUCGCCCUCCUCAACCUCGCCUCUGACCUCGCAUCUCAAACCCUCCCGAGCACCUCAACAGCAGCGUCAAAUGACUCGCCGCCCACCCUUGACAUUCUGACAUCGGCAUCGAAAGCGCUGCGAGAGCACAUCGCCGCAUCGUUGCAGAAGACGCACGCCCUAGUCGAAAUGCACAAAAUCGAAGCCGAGGCCAACGCUGCAGCCGCCAAGCACGCGGCAUACCAGGAGCCACUGGUGAAGAACCUCAACCGCUUCCCGCAGCCCGGCACGCUGGUGGAUUUGGAGAAGCUGGUAACGUACCCGCCGCAGAUCGAGCCGGUGCCUGUGAAGCCUUUGUUCUUGGACGUUGCGUGGAACUACAUCGAUUACCCAGGCAGGAAGAGUGUCCCAGCAGCUGAACCGGUAGUAGAGAAACCCGCCGUGAACGGCGUGGAAGCGACUCCGGAGCCGGAGAAGAAGAGAGGAUGGUUUGGCUUCGGGAGGUAGAUAGCAUGCAAGUACGUAGCCAACAGCUAUCAUCCCUCAAUGACAGACACU